AUCACCAUUUCUAAAAAAAAAGACCCCUAGUUCGACCUUCACUUUCGGUAUUUCUUACAUUCCAUUGUUCUACAAAUAGAGAGGUUAUGUUUUUUAGAUAACUGUAGCAUCUUUCUUCAUUGUUAAUUGUGGAUCGAGCGUCGCUUUUAAUCUCAGUAUUCGUGUUGUGAGUUGUGUGUCUAAUUUCUAGUGUUGUUACAAUUUUUAUUACAACCUGACUCUCUUUAUUUGUUGUGAUUUUUGAUUACGUAAAUAUAAUUGAAUAAUAUCAAAGAACUGUAUCAAUAUGACAACCGAAAAAAUUAAUUUGAUUGGUGUUCCAAUAGCUAAAAUUAAUGGUCGUAAACUUCCCACUAUAAAAGAAGUUUUAUUAUUAUUUUUUUAUCAUCACAAAGUUCUUCAUCUAAAAGUCAAUGAAAGUGCAAAAAAAACUGCAAAUAUAGUUCAAGAUUGUUGGAAAAAUUUACAAAUUUUAACCUCCGGGCUUCGAAAUACGAUUAACAAAAUACUUGAGUUUUUCAAAAAAUGGCAAUUAUUGCAGUGCAAUAAGAAAAGAAUAAAAUCACAAGCUCAAAAACAAAAAGAAGUGAGUUUUGAACAAAAAAUUCAACAGUUAUUUAAUAUCGCUGGAAAAAACGGUCUAAGAAGUUUGAAUGGAGAGAUCAACAACUUUUCGGCUCAGAAACUAUUGAAUCAACCAGAAAUUUCUGAUAACUCCAGUUCACCAGAAACUUCGAGAAAAUAUGUUGAAAUUAUGGAAACCGAUGAGAUAGAAAUAGAUUUGGUUAAUGAUAAUAAUAAUAAUGAAAUUACACCUAGUCAAGAGUUACUAACAUCGUCGCAGUCAACUAUCAGUCAAAUUUCAAAUGUUUCCGAUUUUGAAACAGAAUUGUUGUCUGAAAAAAAAAUACCAAAAAUAAACAUUAUCACUCCAAAUUUAGCAGCUGCGCUUGAUCGUGCAAAUGUUAGCAACAGAAAUGCUACAUAUAUUUUGGCAGCUACCUUACAGAGCGUUGGAAUAGAUCUUCGGAAUGUUAAUUUAAGCUAUAAAACUAUCCAACGAAAUUGUAUACUUCUUCGAAAAGAAAUAGCUGAAGGUUCAUUGGGAUGGUAA